UCCAUCCGCGCUAACUUUUCUGGGAUGACAUGUUUCGGGUGUCGCGUUCGCAUUCCAACCUGAGUCAACAGCGAGAUGUGAGCCGGCCGCGCGCGGGGGACUUUCUGCCUUCCCAAAAAAAACGCCUUUAGUCACAUUUUGAAAGACUUGGAAAAAAAAAAAGAAUAACCUCCGAGAUGGAGUUUAUGGCUUCCCCUGAUGGGUAUAGGGCUCUCAGCACCGGCGAGCUGAGGGAGCUUUUACAAAGCGACGACAAAAUGGAGCAAAUCAUUCGACUCAAUGAGAAGUUUCAGGAGCUUCAAGUGGAUCGGGAGAUGAUGCUGGCCGCCAAUCGCAGCCUGGCCGAGGACAGCCUGGCCCAGCAGCCCCGCCUCGAUAACGGCAGACUCCAGUUGGCGGAGAAAUAUCGCGAGCUGUCCAACCUGGCAACGAUGUGCUGGGAAAAACAGAGUCAGCUUGGAACUCGAGUCCAGAAGCACACCUUGCAGAGCGCCCAGAACCUCCUGCAAGAAGAGGUGGAACGUGCCGAGGAGAAUUCCGAGGAGCUGCUGGACAAGUUCAUGGAGGGGAACGUGAGCCUGGAGGACUUCUUGGACUCCUUCCACAGCUCCAGGAGGACUUACCACAUCCGGCGAGCGCAGGUAGAGAAGAUGCAGGACUUGAGCAAAAGGCACGCCGGCAAAGUAGGCGGAGACGGCAAGGACACGAUCGGCAAAGUCCCCGAGGAGGGGAAAGCGGAUUCCGAGCGCCACACGGAUCCCUCGCGCCCCAACGGCUACCUGGCGCAGGGGCCCCUCCGGGUCUUCCAGGUACGCUACGGCCUCACGCCGGCCAUCCUGUUGCCGCAUUACCCCAUUUCCCCCUCGGCCUCAGGCCCGGCCCAUCAGGCCAGGACUCCUCCUCCCGAACCCCACCCGCAGGGACACGUCCUCGGGCCAAGCGCGCCCCUCCACCCCGUGGGACUCAGGGUGAUUGGACAGCUGCCCGGGGGCUGGCCGGCUAACGGGCGGCCGGUCCGACUCCAGCAGCUCUACAGGCCCAACCCCCAACAGCCCCAGCCGCCCUUCCGAUAGGUCGGGAAUAGGAAGUAGGCGGGGCAAAAGUUCUCAGCUCGGGGUGUUCCGGGAAAAUGGACUCGACGGCAAGACAGCGCAGCAUCCCUCCCAAGAUGGCCGGAUGUUUUAACUUGGUAGAAAUUUUGAUUUAACAGAAGAAAAUUCUCUCAAGGGCACGGAAGACUAGUGAUUAGCCUGUUUGCCUCACACUCAAAGACAUCCCGGUGUGAAUCUCUGUUCUGCGGGUACUCGAGAUUCCCACCCAAACUUGCAAAGCACGCGUGUUGGAUUAAUUGAAGACUCAAAAUUGUCCUGAGCCGAGAAUGUGAGUAUGGAUGCUUGUUUGUCGCGCGAUCAGUCCAAGGAUGUGCCCCAGUUCUUUCCAACAAACUCAGCCGGGACCUCUUUCGCUUCCAUAAGUAUAAAAAAUGGAUGGAAAAUUCUCAAGUACGUACUUGUGGAUUUCAUCUCCAGUGUCCUUUUUUUUUGUUCUGUGUGUGUGUAUUUAUUUGCGUAAAUCCUGUUUUUUGAAUGGCUGGCUUCACGUUCAGAAUAGUUCUCAGACUGACCGCAGCGCUGGAGGAUUUAAGCGCGACGGGAGGAGACGCCGUCCUCGCUUUGUUGGAAUUAUAAUAAUUCUGUAAUUAUUACGCCCCUAGACCAGCAAGCGAUCAGAGAAUGUUUACGUUUUUUUGACGAACUACUGCAUUGGGGGGGGGGGUGCCUUUCGGCGGCCAGUGCCCAGUCGGAUCCGUCAGCUCUCUUAAUUGUGAGUCGUCGUCGUCUCCUUCUUAUGAGUCCCCGCAGGAGCGAAUGCCGCUGCAGAAGAGUUCCUCGUGUUAUUUUAGACCCUCUUGAAAAUGCCCUCAAAAAUUAAUACUGCACAAAAAAUGCGACCGAGAUACUCAAGCGGUGGAUUCUCACCGUGCUUAACAAGGGAAAUAUUAUUUCAUAUUGUGGCAAAAGACGCUCAAAUCUGCAGACGAUUAAAGGAUCAGGACCAAUAGACCCACACUGUCUAACUUCAAUUUAAUAUCUAAUAUGGUAUUUCCUCAAAUAGUGGCCUCUGCUCUUAAUAGAUGGCGUUCCUCAGUUGACAUGGCUGACUUCAAAAAAAUAUUUUCCAUUGGAAAAGGUGAUGUUUCGUUUCUCUUCUUUUUUUUUCCAAAUUGAUAUCAGUGUAUUUUAAAAAUAUCACCUCAUAUCAUUUGCCUAAUAAUGUAAUUUGCCCAUUGUCAUUUUUAUAUAUUUCUUGCAGUCCCCCACAAAGUGUCAACAAUUAUUAUAUAUAUAUAUAUAUAUAUAUAUUUGUAUAUAUAUAUAUAUAUAUAUAUAUUAUUUUUUUUUAAACUAUAUACAUUGUAAUAUUUUUGAAAGGGUCUUUGAAACAUGAUUAAAAAAGAAGGGUGCAAUUAAAAAAUUGGGUUUUUUAUUAGACAAUCAUAUAAUUGUUAGGACGCAAUCUGCAGUCAUAUUUUUUUAAUCUUUGAAAAGAUGUUUUUUUUUUCCAUUUCUUGAUACAUUUUUAAUAACUUAAAAAUAAAGGUCUUCUAUAAUAA